AUGGGAUCCGACGUAGUAGCCGAGCCCCUCGCCGCCUUUCUCCGCUCCCCUCCUCCCCCCUCUCCCCGCCCCCCCACUCUCCCACCCUUGUCCUUGGCUUCCCACCUCCCUGCCCCACGUUUCCCCCCUCUCUGUGCUCAGCCUCUCCCCUCCCUGCCUCUCCCUCCUCCCCGCCCUGCCCCUCGUUUUACGUCCCCCCACGCCCGGUUUCUCCCCUCCAUGCACCUCCCUACCUUUCUCCGUGCCUCUCCUUUGUUCCCUCCCUGCCCCUGGCCGCCCAUGCCCCUGUCCUUGGUUUCUCCCCUCCCUGCCCCGCGUUUCUUCCCUUCCUGA